AUGGCAUCGCAGAGACUUCUCGCUGCAUUCGCGGCCCUCUCCAUCCUCAUUGGAUCUGAGGCUAGCCCCUGCAAGCCGAUUUCUUCCACCACUGAGAUCCAGGCUACAUCAACCUUCUCCUCUGAGACUGAGACUGCCACUGCUAGCGACGCCACUUUCACCUCUGAGCUGACCUCAACUGAGUCGAGCUACGCCACGGACAUCACCAUCACUGAGAGUGAGACAGCGACAUCCAGUGAAGCUGAGUCGACCUCAACCGUGGUUGUUUCCACUACCGAGACUUCUGCUUUCACUUCUACUACGGAAGCUGCCUCUACUACCUCGGCUGCACCUGUUGAGACACCUACUAUCAUCAUCAACGGUGACUUUGAAACCGGUAGCAUUGCUCCAUGGGUCAACUUCGGCAUCGGCGCCUUUGCCGACAUCGACCUUUCAUCAGUCCAUUCAGGCUCUUAUUCUCUCAAGAUGGGCUCCCAGGCUAGCGAAUGGUCAAAUGUCUUCCAAGUUCUCCGCAAAUCAACCCUCGUCGCAAACCAGCCUUACAGUCUUACUCUAUACGCCAAGGUCAGCUCUGGCACUUCUUGCAGUGCUUUCGAGGCGUUCAUCGACAACAACGACCUCAACGAUGCCUUUGGAUCGAGGAUUAGUGUUACUGGUGCCCAGAUAGCCAGUGACUUUACUGGUCUUUCGGGCGAGUUUUCUCUGACACAGACUGCUUUGGACAGUAACAAUCCUAUUCGGGUCAUCAUCAGGGCGAAGUGCAGCAAUGGCUUCGUGGCCUGGGUGGAUGACGUUCAUUUGGGUAUCUCAGACUAA